UCCCAGUUUUUUUUUUUUUUCUAAAAAAUAAUAAUUUCCCUCAAUUCUCCGAUCUUUUUCGUUUCGAUCGCUACGUAUCAAUUUCUUCAGUUUUGGGCGACUGGGCUUCCGUCCAAAUCCUCUCCUUUGCCCAGCUCAUGUAAUCGGAUCUCCGUGUACGUACGUUGUGGGUAUUUUAGUCAGCCAGUCGAGUGGGGUGGGUAUACAACUAAUAAGGCGCUGGCUUCCAGAUGAUGACAAGGUCAGGGAUGGAAGUCCUCUCCCCAGCCUCGUCCUACUUCACGAGCUCGAGCUGGAUCCUGGGCGAGAAGAGAAGCGGGAGCUGGACGCAGCAGGAGAACAAGAUCUUCGAGAACGCGCUGGCCCACGUCGACAGCAAGACCCCGGACAGGUGGGAGAGGGUGGCGGCCAUGAUCCCGGGGAAGACGGUGAGGGACGUCGUCUCCCAUUACAAGGAUUUGGAGGCCGACGUGAACCACAUCGAGGCGGGCCUGAUCCCCUUCCCCGGCUACAGCUCUCCGUCGUUCGUGCUGGACUGGGAGGGCGGAUUCGACGGGUUGAAGCAGAAGAGACCCGGAGGAGGUGGGAGGUUCUCUGAUCAAGAGAGGAAAAAGGGGGUCCCUUGGACCGAGGAGGAGCACAAGCUGUUUCUAAUGGGGCUUAAAAAGUACGGUAAAGGGGAUUGGAGGAACAUUUCGAGGAAUUUUGUAGUCACCAGAACUCCUACCCAAGUUGCUAGCCAUGCUCAAAAGUACUUCAUCAGGCUUAAUUCAGGCGGCAAAGAUAAGAGGAGGGCAAGUAUUCAUGAUAUUACGACUGUCAAUUUGCCGGAAACUAGUCCUUCGUCAUCCCCAUCUCAGCCUUCGGCGCUCACGAUGCAAUCAACUUCUUCAACUGCUACGGAGAGAUCGGAUCAAAACGACCAAGCCAGUUGCUUCAGUUCCUCAUUCAGGCAACUGCCUUUCGGUGUAGAUCCUUACGGAAUAAAAUUGGAGGCUCAUCAAAAUCAUCACACGGUUGCUCAUCGUGCUAUGCUUAUUUAGAUGCCGUCAGAUCAUUCCACAGAUUGGUAUAAACAAUAUAUGGGCACCGUGUUAGGAGAUGCCGGUGAGGAUUUUGAGCAUUCUCGUGAUACCUUAGUAUGAUGUCUAGAGAAAUUUUCGUGUAGAUGUUACUUGCGUACAUAUUGGCAUUAUUUCUGUAAAACUCUUGAGGAUGUAAGUCUAUAUCUUGGAACAUAGAAUAUUUAGGCCUAUAUAUGGUGGUGCUUUAUUUAUGCUGUUAUGAAAUGUGUGUUCAAUUAUGAAUACUCAGGUGCAGAGUUAAAGAUGCA